AGUAGCGUAGUCGGAUGCACACCGGCUUACGGUGCGAGGGGUCCUGGGUUCGAGUCCCGGGUAAGGCAUGGGUGUACUAUAUUAUUCUGAUAUUUGAUAGCGACUUGAAAUUGAGAUUCACACUGAACAUAAUGACCCUUUGGCUAUUGGCGUAAAAGCUGUAGGCCACAUAAUUAAUUUUAAAAAAAUAAAAAUAAAAUGUAUUUAUUUUUUAGUGGCGUACUGCUGCGCUGGCCGGGGAACUUCAGCCCUCUGUAUUCUGCAUUCCCUCUGUAUUCCCUCACUCUCUUUUCUAUGGUAUUCUGUGCCCACCUCCUCGUUACGUCAGACGUGCGCAGCCAAUGAAUACCGUGAUCGCGAAUGGCCUACCUUAUAUAUUUUAACGACAUUGGAGUAAAAUAUUCAUUCAUAAUACCAACACGUCUUCCCGUAGAGUGAUUUGUAGUGUUAUUGUGAUCAAGGAGCAUACAAGGAUAUUGUGAUGGUGUUGGAGGCAUAGUCUAAAGAGCAGCAAAAAUGUAUUUCAUUCCUAAAUGUUUAACCCAUUCUUUACCUUUAAAUGCUUUAAGUAGUGCUGUAAAAUUAAACAAACGACUUCAGCAUUGUAUUAAGGUUGUACCUGUUACUUUUUCGAAGAAAUCGUAUUCCACUAAGUCUAGGAAGAGCAAAGUAUUCAGCAGUGCCAGUGAAGCUGUCCAAGACAUUCCAGAUGGAGCUAAACUUCUGGUUGGAGGUUUUGGGCUGUGCGGCAUACCGGAAAACUUGAUUGCGGCGGUGGAGGCGUCUGGCGUCAAGAACCUCACCUGCGUCAGCAACAACUGUGGCGUGGAGGACUUUGGCUUGGGCAUCCUGCUCAAGAAGCAUCGCAUCCGCCGCAUGAUAGCGUCGUACGUCGGCGAGAACUCGGAUCUUGCAAAGCAGUAUUUGGCUGGCGAGCUCGAGGUGGAAUUGACUCCGCAGGGGACGCUUGCGGAGCGGAUAAGAGCCGGGGGCGCUGGCAUCCCGGCCUUCUUCACGCCCACGGCAUACGGGACGCUGGUGCAGGAAGGGGGAGUGCCUAUCAAGUACUCGCCUGACGGGAAAGUGCUGAUUGCCAGCAAACCCAGGGACACCGAAGAAUUCGGUGGGAGGCACUACGUCCUGGAACGUGCCAUCAGGGGGGAUUUUGCUCUGGUCAAGGCGUACAAAGCCGACGAGAAAGGAAAUCUUGUUUUCAGAAAGUCUGCUCGCAACUUCAACCCGCCGAUGUGCAAGGCAGCCAAGGUGUGCAUAGCUGAGGUAGAGGAGAUUGUACCGAUGGGCAGCAUCGACCCAGACGAGGUGCACUUGCCGGGGAUAUUUGUGCAGAGGGUUGUGCAAGGAGAAAAGUAUGAGAAGAGAGUGGAGAAAAUAACCAUCCAUAAGGAUAGCUCGUCAUCUGCCAGUACUGCCAAUCCAGCAGCUCUGUUGAGAGAACGAAUCAUCAGAAGAGCUGCGUUGGAAUUCAAGGAUGGAAUGUAUGCAAACCUCGGCAUUGGCAUCCCCGUGAUGGCCAGCAACUACAUAGAUCCAGACAUCAGCGUCACACUGCAGAGUGAGAACGGCAUCCUGGGACUCGGCCCCUUCCCCAGAAAGAGUGAAGUGGACCCGGACCUUAUCAACGCCGGCAAGCAGACCGUGACCGUCCUGCCUGGUGCUUCGUUCUUCAGCAGCGACGACAGCUUUGCAAUGAUCAGAGGUGGUCACAUAGAUCUCACAAUUCUGGGAGCCAUGGAAGUGUCGCAGUAUGGAGACCUGGCUAACUGGAUGAUACCUGGUAAGAUGGUGAAAGGCAUGGGAGGCGCCAUGGACCUGGUGUCGGCCCCCUCCACCAAGGUGGUGGUGACCAUGGAGCACACGGCCAAGGACGGCAGUCACAAGAUCCUCCCCCGCUGCUCCUUGCCGCUUACGGGGAAGGGCGUCGUCAACCUCAUUAUCACAGAGAAGGGAGUAUUUGAAGUGGAUGAUGAGGAUGGCUUGACACUUGUCGAGAAAGCAGAUGAUGUUGAGCUUUCAGAAAUAGUGCAGACAACAGGAUGUGAGUUUAGAGUAUCUCCCGAUCUGAAACCAAUGGCUCAAGUUGAAGUGAACUAAGAAGGAAGUCAAACUGGCACAAGUCGUAGCAGUGCCUGCAACAUAACUAAAGAGACUGACAGAAGCAGAAUACUCGAAGAACUUGUUACAAAGUGUGAAGCUUCGAUCGAAUUGAACUUUUUGAAAGCAAUGGUUGGGGGAAAACAUUUUCAAACAAUUCAAGUGUUAAAAUUGGGUCAUUCUUUUUGCCUUGCUAUGCAUGAAGAUACGCAGAACAUAAUGCAUAAAUGACUUUUUCUUAUUAUUUCUUGUGACAUUAAUACAUAUGCUAAUAUUGUACAUAUUAUUGGCUACUGCUGUUUUUUUACUAAGUUAAAACAGAUCUGUCAAUAAGGUGGUGUAUAUUUCUCAAUAAGACUUAACCAUUUGGUGCAAUUUGAUUGCCAGUUUUAGAGAGAGUUAUAUUUAAUAAGCUGCUAUCAUGAAAUAUUGUGAUUUAUUUCUUUUACAUAACUAUUUGCAUAAAUUAUGCGUUAGUUAUUAAUUAAAGUAGUACAAAUUUUUUACAAAAACUUAGCUGUUCUUUAGUUAUAAUUUAAUGUAAUGAAAAACUUUAGGGAAUUGACAAAGCCAAGUUCAUGGUAUAUUGGGUUUAUCAGUUGAAGAAAACUUUUACAUGUUUAUCUUUUAGAAUAGAUUUGUGUUUAUGUACAGAUAAAGUUUAUUUUGUUUUUAUAACAAUUGCUAUUUUUCAAUACCAGUAAUAUAAAAUAUUUAAUGUAUCUGUAUACAUAUGACUUAUGUAGCAAUGUUGUAAAAUAUUGUUAUACAUGAAUGUGUUUUAUACAUGUUACUUAUAAUUUUUUCAAUAAAACUGUUAUUCACGAAACUUUGCCUUCACAAAAGCCGGCAGUGGCACCAGGUACAGCAAACAGUUUAUGAUCAGGAAACUGAGGGAGUAAGCGAAAGUGACUCCGAAGUUGAGGUCAGAGUCGAGCACUUCCGCGAGUGCGUCGUUGCCGCUCCGGCUGUACCUCUCGGACAGGUACGCCGACCCGUCUGCGUAGCGACAAGUGAACGUUGACGAAGCUGUCAGCAGAGACUCCUGCACCAGGAUCACGGAGGAGCAGUUGUGGGUGGCACUGUACGGUAGUCCGCUGAGCCGGCCGUUCCCAAACAUCUGCUGGUUGAGGAACGCGCUGGCGUAGCGAGUUUGUGUGGCGUACGUCAAGUAGAAGAGCCAUUCUGACAACCCAUGGAAGGAUCUACACAGAAAAAUUUUCAAACAGCUCUACAAACACUACAGUAGGGUCCCAUUAAACCAGAUUCUGCUUGUCCGGACUCUGAUUAAUCCUGAUGGAAUUUAAAAUGUACUGUGUUUUUUUUUUUGUACUAUACAAUCAAUAACUUUUGAAACUUAAUCACAAAGAUGUUUUGUUGUGUUAACCAUACAUUAGUUCAUUGGUUAAAAACUUUGGUCUACUUAUAUGGUAGUAUUAAAACUAAAAUUGAGCUUUAGGUAACAUUAUAUUUAUGAAGAAAAAAACGUUGAAUUUUAUAGUUUUACCCAUUUGAAACUUUUAUUAUGUACAUUUUAAGGCAAAUUCUGUUUGAUCUGGACUUUUAUGUGAUCCAGACGGCCUGGUUCCAUCUAGUUCGGAUCAGCGGGACUCUAUUGCAUUAUUUAACCAUAAUUUAAAAUGAAAAACUGUACAAUUGAAAAUGUAUUAUUUUCUGUUUUAGUACUAGAGCUUCUUACAUAAAACUAAGCACAUGC